AUGGGACACUCACCUUGGCGUGUUUACUAUAUUGUCGUCCAAUUAGCACUCAGAGCGUUGAAGCAACGUAGACUGAAGGAGAGGCUGCGAGCCACUAGUCUCAAAGUCAAGGAGCAGGAUCGAAUUGACAACAAGCAGGAAUCUGCUGUGGAUGCGCAUACGGCACCCCAAUCUUACUGGGAAAAGACGCCAGAACCAGCUGCUGGACAGAUUAUCGGUGAGGAAGUUCCAUGUAGCAUGACGGCGGUUGACCUUGCCGACCUUGAGUCCGCCAUCUCCUCUUUACGAUCAAAGCUGGAGGUAGUUCAACCAGAGGGUAUGCGGCCGUCAGACAUCGCUAGAGCCAGAUCGGAAGAGUCUAAUUCUGGUCAGGAUAAUGACAAAGUGGACUUGCGCACGGAUGAGAUGGACGACGCUGCGAUGGAAGAGUCCAGCGACGCAUUGUUAUCGCAAGUUCUUACAUCCCAGCAGUCUAUUCUGUUAUGGGAUGAUCUUCGGCUUCUUGUGAAGGUGGCGGUCCUUGACCUUGGCCUUGAGCAUCUGGAAGACGGGGUUCUCAAUCGACUGUGCAUCGACGAGAUUUUUGUGCAGGACAAGGCCAGCCAAACAGAACAGGGAGAUCGAGGUAUGGAAGAAACCGGAGAAGCCGAGAAGAUCAGAUCAACAAGAGCAUCACAGCUUUCGUACCAGUCAAGCCUAUUCCUCCUGCGAGUCCUAUUCUACCGCAAGGCGUCCGAGCUGCCAUCACAACCAUCUCGACUGCUCUUGGACGCGCUUCUACGUGCAGGAAAGGCUCAUGGACGGGCUGUCAUUGAUGGCGUUGUCUUACCGCUUGCCCGGAACUAUACAAAGUUCUCCAAACCGGCUUCGGAACUGGUUCAAAAAGUACUGAAGGAGCAAACUUCAGCCAGCUUGAUUCAUUUUUUAAGUGAACAGGAGAAGGCGUUCUAUGGGAGCAAGUUGCAGGACUGGUAG